AUGAUUCCAUUCCACAGUGACAGCGUGCCUACACCAUUCCACAGUGCCAGCGUGCCUACACCAUUCCACAGUGCCAGCGUGCCUACACCAUUCCACAGUGCCAGCGUGCCUACACCAUUCCACAGUGCCAGCGUGCCUACACCAUUCCACAGUGCCAGCGUGCCUACACCAUUCCACAGUGCCAACGUGCCUACACCAUUCCACAGUGCCAGCGUGCCUACACCAUUCCACAGUGCCAGCGUGCGUACACCAUUCCACAGUGCCAGCGUGCCUACACCAUUCCACAGUGCCAGCGUGCCUACACCAUUCCACAGUGCCAGCGUGCCUACACCAUUCCACAGUGCCAGCGUGCCUACACCAUUCCACAGUGCCAGCGUGCCUACACCAUUCCACAGUGCCAGCGUGCCUACACCAUUCCACAGUGCCAGCGUGCCUACACCAUUCCACAGUGCCAGCGUGCCUACACCAUUCCACAGUGCCAGCGUGCCUACACCAUCCCACAGGGCCAGCGUGCCUACACCAUUCCACAGUGCCAGCGUGCCCACACCAUUCCACAGUGCCAGCGUGCCUACACCGUUCCACAGUGCCAGCGUGCCUACACCAUUCCACAGUGCCAGCGUGCCCACACCAUUCCACAGUGCCAGAGUGCCUACACCGUUCCACAGUGCCAGCGUGCCUACACCAUUCCACAGUGCCAGCGUGCCUACACCAUUCCACAGUGCCAGCGUGCCUACACCAUUCCACAGUGCCAGCGUGCCUACACCAUCCCACAGUGCCAGCGUGCCUACACCAUUCCACAGUGCCAGCGUGCCUACACCAUUCCAAAGUGCCAGCGUGCCUACACCAUUCCACAGUGCCAGCGUGCCUACACCAUUCCACAGUGCCAGCGUGCCUACACCAUUCCACAGUGCCAGCGUGCCUACACCAUUCCACAGUGCCAGCGUGCCUACACCAUUCCACAGUGCCAGCGUGCCUACACCAUUCCACAGUGCCAGAGUGCCUACACCAUUCCACAGUGCCAGCGUGCCUACACCAUUCCACAGUGCCAGCGUGCCUACACCAUUCCACAGUGCCAGCGUGCCUACACCAUUCCACAGUGCCAGCGUGCCUACACCAUUCCAAAGUGCCAGCGUGCCUAUACCAUUCCACAGUGCCAGCGUGCCUACACCAUUCCACAGUGCCAGCGUGCCUACACCAUUCCACAGUGCCAGCGUGCCUAUACCAUUCCACAGUGCCAGCGUGCCUACACCAUUCCACAGUGCCAGCGUGCCUACACCAUUCCACAGUGCCAGCGUGCCUACACCAUUCCACAGUGCCAGCGUGCCUACACCAUUCCACAGUGCCAGCGUGCCUACACCAUUCCACAGUGCCAGCGUGCCUACACCGUUCACAGUGCCAGAGUGGUGGCAUUAUCUAGCGGUAUUAUUUCACAGUAGACCAGCGUACUAA